ACCGCCAUCUUGGUGCACUCGUCUGUGACUCCAUGAGCGAGAACCAAUCAGAAUUGGAUUUUUUUGGCCACUUUCAGCCCAACCAAUUGUGAGUUGUCGUAACUCUGGGUAUAAAGGGACUCUAACCUUGCUCUCCCCCUUCCGAUAUUACAGUCAAACAGGCAGGCGCGUAAGUACACUGUGAGGGUCCUUGGAAGUGGAGGGUACUACACAUUGUUUAAUAGCGAUAAAGAGGUAUUUGAUGUUAAGUUGGCGACUGCGUGUGGAAGUUGGCUAGAGCGAAUCUGGAGAUGGUAACAUUGGUAACAGGCAGGGGUCUGGUUCAAGUAACUGGUUUAGUCGACGUUACGUCCUUGAUGGACUCAGUGUUCUUGUGCUAUGACCAUGACCUCCGCCGUGCCAUGUGAACUUGGUUGUGAUCUCAAGUUCCCUGAAAGUGCAGCCAACACCAGCAUCAUUCCGCGAGGAAUCGAUUAACGACAAUACCGAGGGACAGACGGACGAGCUGGGCCCGGGGCCGGCCCCAGGAAUAGCGCCUAGCUUCGCAGUCGGGGGCCCACCCGGGCGGGGCCCCAACGCCCGGAGCCCGCCGUCCCCGUACGCUCACAACAAACACGGGAUCCAGCUCCCGCUGCAGAUAUACCUCAGGCCGGUGGGCCCCGCCCGUAACGAGGGCCACAAGCGGCGUAGUGGUGGCUUCCGCCCACCCCAAAAACGUAACGUUCCGCCCCCUAACGCUGGCGUUAACAAUAACGGGCCCCCGCGCAACGCGCCGCCCAGAUAUGGAUACCCCUCCCGCCCUAACUCCAGGCCCAACACACGGCAGGGCUUCAAUAACCGCCCGCCGAGGCAACAACCGUCCAGGUCCACACCGGAAACAAGCGAGAGUGCCUCUGUGACGUCAACAGCGCCUGCGCACGCGCAACCCUUCGAACACGAGCACCGCUUCGAGACGUUCGACACGAUCUCCUACUCCAAGCUCUACCAAGAGAACAACGGAUUCGACGCUAUUCCGGAGAAGGUGGACGCCAUCUUGAAAGCACAGGCCAAGCCCUUCGGCAAAAAACCCAUCACCUACGGUCACCUAGGCUUCACCGGUAACUUCUUCAACUCACCGAAGCCGGCCCCCAAAAAGGGAUCUCACCCUCAACCCUCCACCCAAGGACAUGCACCAGCGCAUGCUCAAGGACACCCGCAAGGAUACGCUCAAGGCUACGGCCAAGGACAAGGCCAAAGCUAUGGUCAAGGACAAGGCCUUGGUCAAGGGUAUGGUCAAGGACAAGGCCAAAGCUAUGGUCAAGGACAAGGACAAGGCCAAGGCUAUGGCCAAGGACAAACCUACGGAAAGGAGCCCAAGAAUCACUCCAAGGAGAAGCCCAGGAAGAAGGCCAAUAGUGGAAGACACCGACCUGAGCAGAGUUACGAGGGAUAUGGUGACGAGUAUCAGCACGCCACUCACAAUUCUCACAUGAGCGAGCGCACCGAUACAGAAGACACCAGCGCUCACUACCGAAAACGCGAACCAGCCCCUACCUACGAGUCCGCAUGGCACCACCAGGUGGACCAUUCCUCCUCCUGGCAAGCCAAAGAUCAACCCAACCAAAACUCCUACACAAACGCGAACGGCCAAAAGCCGUACUCCAACGCCCAGAACUACAACCAAAACGCCUACCAAAACGCCUACGAGAACGAAGACAGCAACACGCACGACCGACCAGCCGAAUCCUCCUCGUACCAAUCUAGUCAGAACCACAAUCAGCCCAGUCAGAACUACGUGCAGCACACCCAGACCUACCAGAAGCCCGCUCCAACCCAGAACAAAAACAAGCAGUACGAACAAAGCAAUCAGGGGAAACAAUACGACCAGGGCAAACAAUACGAACAGACCAAACAAACCUACGAAGACGAGCAAGAACAAAGUCAAGGCUACGGCCAGGUGAACCAGAACUACCAGACCCAGCAAUGGCAAUCUUACUCCAAGAAGCAGGAAGAACCUAAAGCUAAGGGGUCCGACCAGACCUACAGCUACCAGAGCUUCGAGCAGUCCGACCGGAGGGACCAAGGCUUCGAUGGCAGUCAGAAAUACGACAAAAGCAACCAGCAGUCUGACCAGGGCAGUCAAAGGUACGACCUGAACAACCUGAACAGCCAGAAGCACGAACAGAGCGCGAAGAACGAAGGUCAGAAGCUGGACAACUCGAGUCCAGACCUGACGAACAUGCAGUGGCAGUCGUUCCACAAGAAGCAGGAACAAGGGGUCCAUGGAACGGCCGCGGGUCUCAACGCCAGCGCGAGCAGUGUGGUGGACCGCUGGACCUACAACGAGGAGCCUAAUAUCUGGGGGAACGUUCACGACGGUUACAAGAGGUUGGUGAGUGCCCAAAGUUCCGGGGAUGUUGGUUCUGAGUGGAACGCCAAGUUUUCAUUCUGGGACGGCAAUAACUACAACCGCUACCCCGUCGUUACCAGCGAGCCGGAUGUGCAUAAUGUCAAUUACCUGAAGCAGUACUUCAAGAGGAACAACGGCUAAGCUUUGUCAAGGUUGGGCUCGUUGAUGCAAUCAAAAUAAGAUCCCUGGUUGUCGCCAUCUGAUGUGCUCCUUCUACAUUGGAAAUUUCUGAAAGCAUAUCGUAGUUUUCCAGACGAGGGAACGUAACUUUAUUCCAAGGUUGCAAAAUCGACUGAAACAAUUAAAUUUUGUACAAGAUUGUGCCUAUGCAAUAUUUUUACACAUUUUUUUUCUUCUGAUUUUAUCAUGAGCUCAGAAGACAAAUCCGUGGAACUUUCAAUUAGAAAUUGCCAAUUUUCUCAAAUUUAAAUUUCGAUUUGCGAGGGGAAAUUUGGCAACAUUGAACUGCAGUUACGUUUCUUUGUCCGGGAAACGACGAUACAUCAUGCACCGCCUUUGGUAUUAUUUGCUCAUGCACGAGUAGCAUAACAGUAAGUUGCGAUACCUUUUUUUGAUUGAUGCAACUUGUGGCAUAUCAUGCCACCUCACUCAAGAAACUGAGAGUACCGCAACAUGUUUCAAUGAAGUCGUAUCAAGUUGCAACUCCCUAUUUUUUGGCUGAUUGCCUUCUUGUUAUGGCGAAUGAUCAUUGGAUUUUGUGAAUGCUGACUAAAGUUCGCAACUCAUUGCAACGGUAUACAUUGAUGUAACGUGUUGCAAUUUUUUUUCCUGGAAAAUGCUACUUGGGUACUGGUGUGUAUGUUUUCACAAAUUUUCGAUGUAGAUUGAUCACGCUUUCUCAAAUUUUUCUCCGGAUUUACAAAGCCACGACUGAUCGUCAGAAUUUGCCUUUUCAAGUAGAAAAAAUAUCAUGAGCACGAGGCCUAACUUUUCCCAUUUCUUAAUCUUCGCUUCUAACUUCACAGUAAUCGUGGCCGGCUACAUUUUUGGAGAAAAUGUCUUUGAAAAAGAUAAUAAGUAAAUGAGAAACACUUGAAUGAAAGAGUAUGCCAGAAAGUUUAUACCAUUGCAAAAUUAAACGGAAACUUUUUUUAAAUCAACAUCUAUGGUCCAAGUACAGGUCAUAACGAUGACCUGCUCUCAGAUAUGAAGUUACUCUCAUAGUGUUUGAGAGAGAACUUUGCUCUCAGGAAGUGAAGUGCCAUUAAUCUAAUGUAGCUGCAUCAGUUAUGGUAAACGGACGGAUAAGAUUUUUUAUAUGAAAUGCAGAAUUUCUUUCAAGAAAAAAUUAUUUAGUCAGAAAGUUAGUGCAAUAAACUGCCCAUUAGAUUUAGGAGAUUAAUCCCGUAGGUCAACUUUGGAAAAUGUUGAUACUUUUUUUUAAACAAAAAAAAUGCAACAUUUUUAGCCGAUAGUAUCAUUUGCUUUUUCCAUUGUUAUUCUAUGCUAGCAUGUAAAUAUUUCAUCGAUUGUGCACUCGCUGUGCAACAGCUAUUUUUCGGUGGAAAUCUGUGGAAAGCAGUUUUAUUAGGGAGAUGAAACGAAUGACAAUGUGCUAUAAAGAACAACUAUAUCUGGCUCAUUUGAGAAACAGCACAAUGUGUCAUUAGUUUUCCUGUGCAGAAAAGAGCUUUUAUCAAUGAGCUAGAAAUAAUAGUUCUCUAUUGCAAGAUUUAGUCCAAUUUACUCGUGGUGGAACAAUGUUCCAUCGUUUCAUUUGUUGAUGAGUUCAUCGGUGUUCAAUGGAGGAAAUUGAUAUGAUUCUUCUCGCUUGGUAGAGUGAUGAAAUGGCUUACAUUUUGCAUCAAGGAACCACUAUCUCUGGAUCUUCCAUGAAAGAAUGUACCUGCAUAGGAAAACCAAUGGCAUAUACGUUGUUUCUGAAAUGAGGCAGAAACAGUAGUUCCUUAUUGCAAAAUGAGAUCCAAAUAAGAAAUUAUACUAAUAUUGUUCAAUAUAAAUGGUAAAAUAGGCACCCCAGGAGCCCUAGAGGGAGCUGUCCGAAGAAUAAUAAUUUAACACAUAACCAAAGCCUAGCAUCUAAUUUUAUAUUAUUAAAUUCGAAGAUGGCAAAAGCAGAUCAUGAUAGCUGUUCUCCUCUUCAUUUGCCGUUGUGGUGCACUUUCACUCGCGAAUCUUUAAUUGCGGCCUCUCCGAACUUCACUUACUGAUUCCGUAGUCAAUAAUCAUUAAUAGUCACCAAUACUCACCGGACAACCAGGAGAAACUUAUUAUCUUGGUUAGAUGAGUGGUCAAAGUCAAGUCAAAAGCUCAAAGGUGGCUUGCGUUGAUAGGGUCAGCGUUGACUUUCCAACGUCUACGGCACUUUUAUUUAUUUUAAUGAAGACCUUAAAGGUUUUACAUACGAGCACGGUCUUGACUUUCAGUGAGGUAUAGGGUUAGAUAUUGAUCACCAGUCAGUGGACUAGUGGACAAGAACUGAUUCAACGGAUUUCAAUGCGCUUCAUUAUCCCUUAAAGCUUCCUUUCGCAAAGAAUGCACGCAAUUGAACAUUUUCAACGUAGCUCUCUAUACAUAGCAGUUAGUUAUACCGAUCGUUUAAAGUUCAUUGUAUGAGAAAAACACGUACAAUUCUAACCCUUCGCGAUCAAUCAUUGAUUAUUGGCUUUUAAAUCUCGGCCCUAAAUGAUUGCAUCUGUUACGCAUAUUCCAACUCAUGAAAAUUUGCUGAUCAGUACGCGGAGUUCGGUAGUCUAAGGUUCAUUUAAUCGAGAUUAGUACCAUCGGCUACUGUACUACUUGCAUAUUAAAACUUUGCUCAGAGAUUGGUUGUUGAUCGUUUAGCGUAUGCUUCAAUUUCUUCAAAUAUUUUUAAGCUGAAGCAGCCAGAGCCUUUCUGGUUGCAUGCAGGAAUAAAACCUCAAACAUCUUUUUCUCAGCUUCAACUUAAUGUGGGUUGGUUCCUUUCUGAUGAACUCGGUCCAAUUGUAUUAAUGCAAAUUUCAACGGAAGGACCGAGAAUAGCCAUAAUACCAGAGCUCGAGAAUAAUAUCACACCCGUUAAACAAGCACAUUCAAGCGUGCUGACUCACUCCGAUCCUAAAACACAGCGUCUUUUCUCUAGCGCGUAUUUCAUGGUCGCAAGUAGCUUAGAUAACGAUCGGUUUGGCCAGGACAAGCCCCGUUCGACAAGCCUCAUCAAUGCAGAUCUCCCAAAGAGAGAGGUAGCCCGCGAAACAGAACCCGCGUAAAUUCACCACGAUCGCAUUGUCAAUUGCGCGGUUCCUGCUUAGGGCGGAUAUCAGACUUGUCGUCUUCAUUCCUGGAAUAAUGAAGCAGCCUCGUUGACGGACGCCUAUUGUUUUUGAGCGGGACGGGUGGAAAGUUCACGAAGCUCAAACUAGUCAUAAAAGCUGCGAUGAAAGCCGGCGCGUGCAUUCCAGCGCGCAAAAAACAAGUUCAAAUAGCCACUCGUGCCCGGCCAAAUAGGCGAGGUUCACACGGUCGAAACGCCGCGACUGGGUCUGACGUAAAAAUAGAGUCAUUUCGUAAUGACGUCACGCCGAGGAAUUCAGAGCUGGGAUUGGCUCUUGCUGUAAUUAGCUUUUUCCUCCUGGUUCCGGAAUUACACGCAAGAUCCGUCUUCGAAUAUGUUGGAGGCAAAUAGGACUACAUUUUGCAAUUAGGAACUAUACAUUCUGGCUCAGUAUAAAAACAACGUAUGAACCAUUAGUUUCCUUGUGUACGUAAGUUUUUUUCGGAUGAGCCAGAAAUUAUAGUUCCUAAUUGCAAAAUGAAGUCCAAUAGUCGAAUCAGAAAUGCGCAGUAGGGUCUCAACUGGACUCCAUUUCAAAAUUGAAUCGAUCGUGACAAAAGAGCUUAAGCGCCGGAUAUAAAAAUGCGAAAAAAACGGUAGAAACAGCAUAAACCAACCCGUUUUAAAUUUCAGAUGAAUUAAUAAUGUGAUCGAACAAUUCAUCGCUUUAAGAUUUUAGAGCUCUAAGAUUUAGAAGGGAUCAAUUAGAACGGUUAUUACCAUUUUUCUCGAAUUCUUGUUUUUGACGCUUGAGCCCCUUUGUAACUGACCAAUUCAAUUAGGAGCUCACAAUCUUUGGCUUAUGUUAGAAACAACAUAAGUGCCAUUAGUUUCCCUAUGCACAUAAGUGUUUUUACGGAUGAGCCAGAUAUUGUUGUUCCUAUACUUGGAAAAUGUAGUACAAUUAAGGCGCCUAGUAUUGAGACCUGUAAUCUGCAUUUGGAGACUAAACAUUUGGCAGAUGUUUUGGCUAAAUAUUCUAAAGUUUCAUCUCGGAAAAUGAAGAGGAAAAUAGCCUUCAUUUCGUGCACCGAUUUGCUUGUAUUUGAUUUUUACACACUUUUUUUUCAUCUAAAGCUUAUCAUUUUUAGCCAAUAAUCAAAAGUAAUUAUUUGUGCAUUGUUAAUUUCUCCUCUCAAAUGGAUUGAAUCGAAUCCCGAAUUCAUUAAAUUUAAAAUAAGAAAAAAAAAGUCUGAAUAACAGACUCAUUAGGUGAGUUUUUCAUUCGAGUGAAUGACAUCAAAAAUUAUGAGAGAAAGAUUGAAAGUAUUGUGCUUUUUAAUUGUACAUGUGGUGUCAAUUUUAAGUAAGACCCUUGAUUUAUACCAAAAUAUCCCUUAUUUUCACCAAAGGGACACACUCAUUAUCAAAAUGAUUUUGAACUUGUCUACUUUUUUGACACGAGUAGUCUGCUGAUGCAACACAUUUGACGCUACAAAGUCACAAAAAAGUUAUCUGUGAGAAAAAUCAACAUGCUUUUGGCAAGGUUGUAAUUUGUUCUGUGAGCUGUGAACAAUUUAUUUUUUUUAGACGCAGCUUCUGAACUCAAAAGUUCCUAAUAGUGAUAUUUUAAGGUAAAGUUUUGUGGAAGAUUUUUUUGGCCUACCUAUGGCACACUCGUAACAUUUAUUCUAUUCAUUUCUAGAGAGAACCCAAAGUCAGUCCUCUAAAAAAAAAAAAGUUGCAUCAAACAGACUUCCAACUAAAAAAGAUAACUCUUACAUUUUUUUUAGUUGACGUCUUCUUUGUACAUUAACCCCAAGCCAAAGUUAAAUUAAGGAUAAUUAUUUUAAAUCGAAAUGCAAAUUCAGCUGGGAUAAUUAGAUAGUAUUAUUUAUUUUUCCAAAAAUUUAUAUUUAAUUAAGUUUUAUGUAUAUUUUUACAUGUGCAAUAUAUUUAUGUUAACUUAUUUGAACUUUAUUACUAAUUAAAUCUAUGUACCACCAUGUAA